AUGCCUCAGAUCGAUGAUGAACUCCAUGAACGACUCAAAGCAGCUCUUUGGUUUUCAAUUGGGAAGAUCGUGGAAGAAGAAGCCGUACGACUUAAUUCAAAUGCUACGAAUCAAUUCAUAGGAGCAUUGACUGAGAUGGUAUGGCAUCAAAUAGAGAAUGUAACGACGGAUCUCGAGAGUUUCUCCCGACACGCUGGACGUUCAACCAUAACGACCGAUGAUGUGUUACUCGUUACAAGAAGGAAUGAUGCCUUACACGAUAUAAUCAAGGAUUUCAUCGAUCAAGAGAAAGCGAAAUCUACCAAUGAAAAAGGAAAAGGUCGCACGAAUACCAAAUGA